AUGUCAUCACUAACGGACAGCAGUGCUGAUUCAACAUCCAGUUCCUCUCGGGACAACACCUCUCGCCAUUUUGUUGGUACCUAUUGGACUCUACUCAUUCAUCAACUCAAAAUUGCAAAACGCCAAUUACUCGAAAAUGAAAAAUCUCGGAAAUUGCUUCAACAAACAAAAGAAUUCUAUGCCUUUGCUCUUGAAUUCUCCAAACAAGAUUUAAUUCAAUUCCUACAGGAUCGUAUGAAAAUUGUAUUCUAUUGUUUUAUUGCUGGAUUAUUGAUUGGAUUUUUCCUUUUGAGUCAUUCUCAUGCCAACCUUUCACAACAACAAGAACCACACUCCUCCCAUCCUCGCAAUUCCUUUUCAUUUCCAUUGCCAGAAGGUUUCCAUCCCGAUACAACCUCUCAACAUGAUUUGAAUUUACUGAGACACUUUUUUAUGGUGUCAUCUCGAUCGUUAUUGAGCUAUGAGGGUGGAAACAUUGAUGCUUUUGAUUCCAAAGUAUUGAAAAGUUCAAAUCUUGCCAUUGCCACAUCAGGAAUGACCAUCCAAAACUUGGAUCCUACUUUGUUUUUCAAGAAUUUUACUCUGAAAAGUAAACCGUUACUAUUGGAGAAGGCAUGUGCAGGAUGGAAAGCAAAGAGAGAAUGGACCAAUAUACAGUAUUUACAAUCUAGUGUGGAUGCAUCCACUCAAAUACUUGUUGAAAAAAGUAAGAACGACUUGAUCUAUGGAACAGUCGUUCCAGGACAAACCACUCAAUUUGAAACCACUAAUUUUCAAACCUUUUGGAGCAAGUGGUGGUUGAAAAAGCAUCGAGUGGCUCUUAUUGAAAAUAUCAAGCAUUUCAAACAGUUACAACAUGACAUUCCUAAAUGGCCAUUCCUUUUUUCGAAUGGAUUUUAUUCACACAUUUCCACACACUUGAUCAUGAUGAGUCAUGAAUUGGCAACUCGAUUGAAAUUGAACCUUUAUGAAACAUUGCAUUGCCAAUUCGUUGGAUCUUCAUCCUUCUUACUCUAUGAUCCAUUUCAACUCGAUUUACUCUACUCGAAUCAACAAAAUCCCCUUCACAUUGAAUUUAAUCCUUAUCAUCCAGACUUUGAAUUACAUCCUCUCUCUAAAUUUGCGAGAUCAUUACAUGCAGAAUUGAAAGAAGGAGAUUGUCUUUUCAUUCCAUCCUUUUGGAUUUAUUCACACAAGACGCACUCACACAACCAACAGGAUGAUGCGACGAGUUUGAAUAUUGGAGUUCAAUAUCAAUAUUCACCAGUGAGUACAGCUCAACGUGUGGCUUUUGAAUCGGUUCGACAAUAA